AUGAGGAGGGGCUUUCAGGUGUUCUGGGUUUGGGAUGAGCGAGCCUACACAAACGGGUGCAUUUAUACCACCUGGAACUCCCAGCUCCACCCCAACCCUCAUCGAUGUAUUAAGUGCAAUGAUCUAUUUAAGAUAAACCCAUUCCACUAAUGCCAAUUCAGGGCUUAUCCAAGCACUGCCUUCCUCUCCCUCUGUCCAAGCUGCCUGGACCAUAAACUCAACUUGAGAGGGAAGGCUUUGAGUUGA